UUAACUGGUAUUCAGUAGUAACUUCCUUAAAGGAAAACAGGUUGUGGUAGUUUAUUUAUUUAGUUUGUGUGAAAAAUCGGGCAUAUGGUUGUAAUAUGGGGCUGUUCACAUUAUUUGGAAUUUUUCUUUGCGGUCAAGUUAUCAGCUCAACGUUGUCGGGGAACGGGACAUCAGGAGGUUUCACAGUCCAAGAAAACUCAUCCCUGCAACUCACGUGCUCUUCAUCGACCGAUUUCAAGCAUGCAAGCUACCAAAGAAGAUAUUUGGACAAAUCUCCCGAUACAAUAACCGCAGUAGGGUACGGCUCAUCAGGCUGUGGCACAGACCCUACACCGCCACCCUAUCUUACCUGCUUCUGUGUCAGUAGAAGAGAGUACGCUUGUGUCAUCCGGAACGUAAAAAGAGCCAUGAACGGGGACGUUUGGUUUUGUACACUUACUUUUGAAAAUGAUGUUGUCACCAACAGUGGGAAUAUAACAAUCGUCGUACAAAUCGGCAUCACUGCGGUGUCUAUGGUAUUACCAGCGGACCACUCCGUCUCCGUCAUAAACAACACGACAAGGCAGUUUCGAUGUGAGACGUCUGCCGGGAACCCACAGGCCACUGUGCAGUGGUACAAGGAUAACGGUACACCGGACAGGGCGGAUGACACUCUGAUUACUACCGGGACAGAGACAGACACCAGAGCAAGUGGUUCUCUCAUUGUGACUAUCGGUAAACUGACGUUGACUGUGAAGAGAAACGAUAAUGAAGUGGGCAUUUACUGCAGCGCAAACAACGGCGGGGAUUGGCAAUACUCCUCUAGUGUUGUAUUAGAUGUUCAAUAUGAACCUUCCAUCCCUAAAUUAUACUACCAGGGUGACAUGGUGAAUUCCCCUGUGCGUAUAUUAUCUGAACGUUCCAUAACGAUCAACUGCAGCAGCACGGGAAACCCGAGUCCCAAGUAUGCAUGGAAAUACCCUGGCGGAGGCUCACAAACUGGUCCCACGUUCACACUGGCCAGCGUGCUGAGAACACACGCCGGAGAUAUUACGUGUACAGCUACGAACAACCUGUCACCCACUGGUGGGGGAAUGGUUGAUAGGGCACGACAAACAACAGCGAGUCUCCAAAUUUUGUAUCCCCCUAGUAGGCCAUUAUGUACCAUAAACACAACUACGAUUUCGACUAACGCUGUUAUUUUGGAGGGAACAGACUGUAAUAUAAGCUGUAGCAGUGACGCUUUUCCGACCCAAAUCACAUACUCCUGGUCAACUCCGGGUCGUGAACUUGUUACCGGAAAAAGUUUAUUCCUCAUCAAUGUGACACGCACAUCUGACAAGGGCCAAUACAUCCUGACGGCCAAAAACACUAUGUCUCCCACUGGAGGACACACGGAAACGGGUACAAAUACUACUGCAUUCUCGGUGGAUGUACAAUUUAGACCUGAAGUGGAUCUGCCUGAGACUUAUGACAUAUUUAUGGGCAGUGUCUUAAACUACUCAUGUCCGUUCAUCCCUGGAGACCCUUCCCAGACAUCCCUUUACUGGACGAGGUCAGUAGAAAACAGACAAUGGCACGGCCAGUUUGUUAGUAUCAGCUCUGUGCAGAAAUCUGACGCCGGCUUGUAUACGUGUACCGCCACGAAUCGGAUGACACCUACUGGAUUUCCCAACCGGAAUGGAAGUCAUAGCGGAACCAUGCAUCUUAAUGUUCAGUAUAAAUCUCUCGUUAGCGACUUUCACGUUACUGAGUACAUCGCAACUGUUAACGUUACAAAGUCAGAGUUCAGCAAUGCGACGUUUAACUGCACGGUGGAUAGCAAUCCCCCGUCAACCAUAAAUAUACGGAAAGACGGUAAAAUAAGGAGAUCCGUAGAUAAUUCAAAACAGCUGGCUUACACUAUUGCAAACCUUACAUGCUGGGAUGCCGGGCGUUACACAUGUGAUGGCAGUAAUAGGUUUAAUAACGACACACCUUCGGAGAAGGACUUGAAACUGUUUGUAAAAUGCACACCAAGGCGUUCACCUGACUUGGACAUCACAUUGAACUUUACUGCCGAACUACACAAAAACGCAACACUACAGUACACCGUGAUUGCGUAUCCAGUCCCUAGUCCAUCACAGUUUGUCUGGAAAAGAUGUAUCAGCAACAGCAAAAAUUGUUCCAACUUAUCAAAUCUCUCCGGAAAAACAAAAGUUACAACAGUAGGGUUGUCGAGUAGUUUGACCAUUUUGGAUAUCGAUAUGGAUGAUUUCGGCGUGUACAGUAUUUCAAUCGCCAAUGGUAUUGGAGAGGAGCUAGUGGAAGAGAUGUAUCUUCAACCUGUUGGACCACCAGAUUUACCAACGGCUUUUGAUACUAUUGAGAAGUCUAUCGGUGAAACACAAGCAACAUUAACGUGGAUACCUGGAUUUAACAACGGUUUCCGUCAAACCUUUCAUUUAUCAUAUCGAACCCUGAACGAAUUCGCAACCGUUUUCAAUGUGAAUGUUUCUGAUAACGAACUUGCGAAAAAUAUAAAUUAUACAUUAAACCAACUGAGACCUGGAAAGAAAUAUUAUGUCGAGCUUUUUGCUUCUAAUGCCGAUGGGAAUUCGAUGAGUGUCAACGCAACAUUUACAACACUGGUGCAUCUUGUUAUAUAUCCAGACGGCCCAUCAGCUGCUAUAGUCGGAGGAUCAAUCGGUAGCAGCAUUUGUGCAGUGUUGAUUAUUGGAGGCGUUAUAUUGGGCGUAAUAAAAUUCAGAAAUGUCGGAAAUAAAACAGAGGAAAAACUAUUGCCCGGCAAACAACAUGCAGAUGGACUUCAACAUCCAGUCGACGAGGAUGAUGAGCUUCCGGAAAUUGUGGAGAAUUCAAUGUAUGUCCCUACUGGAGACAUAUCUCGAAAGGUCAAUAAUUCAGACACAGAUGCCUUGUAUGCACAACCAAAUAAAAGUAAGGCUUCCGGUUCAGAAGAUGCGGAAUUGUACGCAGGAGUGAAUAAAGUAGCCAAGAAGAAGGCUGCUGGGAAAAAGCAUAAGAAGUCGACGUAUGAAAACAAAGCAUUUGAAAAUUCAACGUACGAAAACCACGAGCUUCAAGAAACGAAGAAACAGGUAAACAAGGAUGGACUCAUCUACGCAGACUUAAGUUUUCCUAAGCUACCAAAAGGACAAAAACCUUUAAUACACGGCCUUGAUGACAUAACAGUGUAUGCAGACGUUGAUUUAUCACGAAAGGCUGAUCCAUUGCCUGACAGUGACGACCACGGAUCCGGGGGAAAGAAGAAGAAAUGAACGCAAUUGAGUGGACUACAGUCUAGUUAAGGAUAAAUCUUGUUGUUGAAUAUUACGGACUGUAUAUUGUUCAAUAAGUAUUCUUAAAUGAAACGGAUUGAAAACCAUUUAGUAACUGCAAUUCGUCAAAAAAAACAAUAAGAAACUUCUCAGUAUGCAUUGCAAUCUUAAGAAUAACAAGCAAUGUAUUUUAAAAUUUUUAGACUUUUUUUACUAUCACAAAUAGUUUGCAGUUAUAUAGUACUUCUCAGUAUGCAUUGCAAUCUUAAGAAUAACAAGCAAUGUAUUUUAAAAUUUUUAGACUUUUUUUACUAUCACAAAUAGUUUGCAGUUAUAUAGUUAAAAGUUGACUUGUCAAUGAAAUGAAAACACUUCUUGAACUGAGAUUUGAAAUAUGGCUUUUCAUUAAUAAUUGCUAUUUAAUAUAAAAAACCUAGUUUUACAGCACUUACAUUGGUUUGUAUCAAUACAAGGGCGGGACAUGCUUUACUCUUUACUUUCAUAUAUUCAUAUGUCACUUAAUGUAUCCAUAAACAAAUAUUUCUGCUUAAAUGAGUAUAUGAGAUAAUAUUAAGUAGAUGAUUAAAAUCUUAUUUUGUUAUUAUUAAUAAUUAGAUAUUUAUGUUAACAAAUGACUGUUUAUUGUUUAAACGUCAUUUUUAUACAGUAAGCAUAUCAAUAGUUAUAUCGGUGGUACAAUUCUAUGUUUUUGAGUCAUUCAAUAGUUUAGAGCAUAUGCAUCAGCAUAACAUGUAGGUUAUUUGCACGUGAGCUACAUCCAACAAUUAUAACGGGAGCUAUGGCUCCUUUUCUAUUUAAUUUUUGCAAAAAUACGGUGUCUUGACAAUAACUCAAGAAUGUGCAAACGCAUUGAAAUAUAUAUUUUGAACACAUUAGUAGUAUACAAUACAGGUCAACUUUGAAAUAGUGUCGAACCUCUUACGUUUAACAGAGUAACGUCCCCUUUUCAACUUUUACUGACAAAAAAAACAGGUCGUGCUAGACUUUGCUUACAACCAACUAAUGUCUGAUAUAGCUAUGACCUUUUUGCAAAGAAGCAGUAUACCAUUCCUAAGUCCAGGCGACCUUUUGGGGAUAUUCGUCAUUCCUGCGACAUUAAUAGUUGAAUGUGUAUCAAGCAGAAUACGUUUAGUUAUCUUGGUACGAGUCUUUAUAUAUUACAUUUCACACUGAUUAUUUUAGAUAUAUUUUAUAUCCAUUAUAUGUAGUUAUACUAAAUGGUAUGUGUUUCUUGCAAUUGAUAUGAAGCGUUUUAUUUUAUGACCUGGAUUUUUUUUUAUUUCUUUGUUGUUUGACUAGUUUAAAGCAAACUGUUUUAAAACUUAGUAAAAUACUGCCUCAUACUGUUAAUACUGUUGUGCUUAUAUUUUUAAAUACAAAUAUAACAGAAACAUAACUUGCAAUCAUAUGUUGACUCGGCAUCAUCAUGAUUAAAAUAAUUUGUAAACUUUUAUUCAAAAAUAUUUUUUUAUAAAUAAUUUGAUAUCGAUUUGUUUAGUAUUUAUUUUGUCUGUGAUUUUCUCUUGUGGUGUGUCUUGUUGUAUGUGUUUAUGGAUAAUUAAAAAUUUGUGCCUUAAGUAAAAUUUCAACUGCU